CUGCCUGGAAAGCUGCAGGGAGGAUCGCAGCUUCUCUUGCUGUCCACACCUGAGCAGGAUCCAAGCCAAACGGAGGAGCAGGUCCCCAGAGAGACUCCUCCUUCCCCAGCAGCCCCAUCUCAGCCGGACACCAUGUGACUCCGAGGGGCUGGCUGACGCUGGGCAGGAGCAGCCCACAGCUCUGGCGGCUGGAGCCCUCAGCCUGGGCAGCUCAGCUCCACAGCCAGGGCCUGAGGCAGGCAGGACCCAGCGGUGGGGGCUGGACCUACUCUAAGGAGGGUCAAGGAGACAAUCACACACCAGCACUUGUCCUGGGGCAGUGUCAUGGCCCGUCGGUCCUGAUUGUCCAGGGCUUUCCCUGAGGCCCAUGUGGCUGUGUCAUCCUCAGCCAGCUGAGGGAGGUCCUUGGCAGCACAGUCCCCUGUAGGUACACAAGGGGUGCCAGAGACAGAAAGCCCGGUAAGCACUCAGCCUCCCGGCCUCCCACAGACCUCACACUUGGCUGACGAUGGAGCUGAAAGAAGCCCCACGGCAAGCGGGCUUCCCCCACAGUGUCCAGGAGGAUGUGGCCUUCAACCUGGCCAUCCUGUCCCUCACUGAGCUCCUCAGCCUGGGUGGACUGCUGAGCAAUGGCGUGGUCCUUUGGCUGCUUGUCCGCAAUGCCUUCCGGAACCCCUUCUCCAUCUACCUCCUGGACGUGGCCUGCGCAGACCUCGUCUUCCUCAGCUGCCACAUGGUGGCUGUCGUCUCUGACUUGCUGCCUGGCCAGCUGGGCCUCCCAGGCGCCAUCCAGACCAUCCUGACCACACUCCGUUUCCUCUGCUACAUCGUAAGCCUGAGCCUGCUGGCAGCCAUCAGCAUGGAGCAGUGCCUGGCCACGUUCUUCCCGGCCUGGUACCUGUGCCGCCGCCCACGCCACAUGACCACCUAUGUAUGUGCGUUCAUCUGGGCGUUCUGCCUGCUUCUGGACCUGCUGCUCACUGGGGCCUGCACCCUGUUCUUUGGGGAAUCCAGCAGCCACCUGUGUUGGACACUGUGGGUGAUGCUGGCAGCCCUGCUGGCUGCACUGUGCUGUGCCAUGUGUGUGUCCAGCCUGCUGCUCCUGCUGAGGAUGGAGCAUGGUCCGCAGGGGCACCAGCCCCGUGGCUUCACUGCCCUGGUCCUCCUGGCCGUCCUUCUCUUUCUCUUCUGCGGCCUGCCCUUCGGCAUCUUCUGGCUGUCCUGGAACCUGCACUGGCACAUCCCCCACUACUUCUACCACCUCAGCUUUCUCACCGCUGGCAUGCACAGUGCAGCCAAGCCUGCCAUCUACUUCUGUCUGGGCAGCGCUCCUGGUCGGGGGCUGCGAGACCCCCUCCGGCUGGUGUUCCAGCGGGCGCUGGGGGACGAGACCGAGCUGAGGGCCAGGAGGGAGGCCUCCCACAGGGGCCUCAUGGAGGUGACUGCCUAGGUCCUGUAAGUGCUGACUGCCGCUCCAACCUGGGGGGCCUGGGAGAGCUGCCAGAGUGGGAUCAGGAAGACUUCGUUGAUGACCUGGUCCCACUCCCUGUGCCUUUCCCCUCCCUGUGCACCAGGCUCACAGGAAGUUGCUAGAAAGGCCAGACUGGAAGUCAGGUCUCUAGAGACCCUAGGAAUGUGCUUUUGAGGAAACCUCUGGAUGCCUUCUCAUGCUCAGGAACUUGUGAGAGCUGCUGAGCUACGUGCACAUUCCUCUGAUACAGAGGAGACAGAGAAGGGAUAGGCAGGCCAGUUGCCAGCCAGGCAGCAGGUCCAGACCAACUUGCACUAGCCCGCCCUUCCUCCCCUCCUGCUAGCCGCAGGCACCUCCACGGCAGAGCACAGCUUGGCCCACCUCCGUUCCUUGCCCCUCCCUCUGCUGCAGGCUACCACGUUCCCAAAACUGGAGGCUGGCUUAGGCCAGGUGAAGGAGAGACUCAGGAAGCCCUCGGGGGCAAGGCCACUGAAAAGAAGGUCCUGCAGACCCCUAUACCUCAGCCUGUAAGCAGAGUCUGCCUGACUCCUGGUGAGGACCAAAGCAGAGUAGGCACCUGGUCCACGGUGAGAGACAAGCGGUCAACUGAACCCUGUAGAAGCCAGGGCAGACCAAGACUCUGCUGCACCGGUGGGACAGAUGCUAUAGGCAGCAGCAGUCACUGUGCCUGGUGACAGGGCAUGCCCUCUGGGCUCCUGUGAAGUGCUAUGAAUGUGGACCCUCAGGAUGCCAUCUGUUCCAGUGCUGCCCAAAGCCCAAUGUGCCACACUAUCCACAGUGGCCAGCAGCAUCCUUGUGACCAUGUUGUCAUCAGGGGCUUAAGCAGGAAAAUGGAGAGAUCUCCAGUCUCAAUGAGCUCUCAGACAAGCCUUGGCAUGGACAGGGUUCUCUGAGGUUCCACCCAAAUGGCUGCAGAGAUUCCUUCCCGUUAAAAUUUUCUUGCAGAGGGACACAUGGAGAAGCUCAGAGAUGGGCUUUUAGAAGUUCAUGGGGCUGCUGUUUAAGGCCGUGAGACGGGGCCUGGACAAUGCAAACCUUGCCCAGAGCUUCAGAAAAGCCGGCAGCCAUUGAGAUCCCUUGGAUCCCAAGGUGAAGGAUGCUGUGUGGGCAGAGGGCCGCUGAGGGCAGAAGGCCCCUCAGUCCAGCCCACAGCUGGAGUAGCCCUGCCCACUGGCAGCCGCCCCACCCUGCAGGACGGAGCCCAGAUCUUCAGCACCUGGAUAGCUCCCCACUGCACCUCUGCCCAGCAGGCUUCUCCACAGCAGGUGGGAGCUGCCCUGAUGCAGGCAGGGGUCACAGAAUGAGCCCAGAGCCACCCGCCCAGGAGCCUGCUCAUGGCAUGAGUAGCUAAGAGUGGGGGCCAGAGCCCACUUGCCUGUGCCGAACCCAGCUUGCUGCCGCCCCCAUGUCACUGUGGGUGAGCUACUCGAUCUCCCUAAGCCUCUGCUUCCUCAUCUGUGAAACAAGAGCCAAGGGACUUCAUACCUGCAAAACAGUUUGAAGCAUGUCCAGCAUCUUGCAAGUCCCAGUAGAGUUUCGUUGUCACAACACUCCAGGUCCGGUGUGAAUCUUAACCCGGGCUACGGGGCCCGAGAAGGGUCCCCUUUGAUUUCUGUAAGAGCCUCUGUGCCUCGAGGUGGAAGGACCUUCGCUCUCAGCCACGAUGCAGCUUGUCACUCUGACUCUGAAUCACCUACCCCUACCCAGCAUCCCGGGGUCAGCUGCUCCGCCCUUAGCACCUUACACGGGCAGUGCUGGGCUGCAUCCAGGCCUUUGUCCUAGGGUACAUCCCUGGCAGGUCUGGGUCCAGGAAUCCUGGCAGCUGCGUUCACCAAGGGCCUUAUCUCCUCCCAGUGCCCCCUGAGAGCCUGCCUGGCCCUCUGUCUCCACUUCCAGGACAGUAUCAUCACUGGGGAAAGGAGAGCAGGAAAGGAAGUGGACUGUCCGUAAAUCCUACUCUUAGCGCUGGACACCCAUUCUGUCAGACCCAAGAAGGACCAGGAGAAAAAACGCAAAUUGAUCUCACAGGUAUUCCUCUUGCCAAAAUCCUUUUAGUAAUGUGGAAAAGGGUUCCCAUUUUACAGAUGAGAACCCUGAGUCUCAGAGGGGCUCGGUGACAGCCCUUAACUAUCCAGAAGCUGUCACUGCCUGAAGUCAGUUCCUGGACCCCUUGUCCGCAGUGCCCACCUUGCUGGACUGAGGCUGACUCAGGAGCCCCCACCCACUUCUUCUCAGGCCCCUUUGCCUCAUCUGAGGUACAGAUAGGCCUGAAACCCUUGGGGCACCCUCUCCCAGAGAGCCAACUCUCAGCAUCCAAGCAUUUGAGGGCAGCUCUAAAUUCCUCCCAUCUGGCCUCAUGGGUCUCCUUGGAAAGAUCCCAUUCCCUCCACCCCAUCCCGAGUGUGGCAACAGGCACGUGGCCCCAUGGCCAACUUCUGCAUAGAAUCUAUCUGCUCAGCCCCAUCUUGAGAUCUGGCACACAGGGGCGCACUGGGAGCAGGUGACCAUCCACCAGGUCCAAAGCUGAGAUUCCAGGCCCCGGCCAGACAGGCCCAGCCUUGACCCCCACCCACCAUCUUGCUCACAUCCCCCCAGCUGCCCCUCUUCUGCUCCUAGAGCCAACAAAGCCCAACCUGGGAACCCUGGCCAGCUCGGCUCCAGGCUUUACCCUGCAUGACCCUGAGGCUGAAUGCUCCAAGGCGGACCCUUUUUGGACUCUCAAAUAAAGUCAGAGCUGGGGUGGCUCAAGGCCCAAAAAUGACAAGGCCUACGGGCCAGGCCAGUAUCCAACCUGACCCACCCACCUCAGGACUCAGAACCCACUGGGGCUUCGCUGGCAGGACAGAGUUCUUGGGAACAAGAUGUCACUGCUGGUGCAGCCAGGCAUUCCAGGACACCUCUGUAACCCUGGUCCCCUAUCCAGGCCCUGCAGAGAGGGCUGUUGGGGCCCCAGGCCUGUGCUUGCAAGGACAGGGAACUGGACCUGGCAGCCAGUGGCCCAGGAAGACACCCUCUCCCCACCUCCACCCCUGCUGUGCUCAGAUGCAAGUGGGAACGUUGUCCCUUUCCUGGUCCCGUUUGCACUGUGGAGGCCUCGCUCACUCCUCAGCUAUUUCCUGAUCAUAGAAGUUGGAAAAUACAGCUGAAUGGUCAGCCUGACAUGUGUAGUCAGCCGCGGUCUUGUGUUAUCACGAGCUGUGUUAUUGUCCCCACCCCAGAGCCUCGCAUCCCAGACACCGAGUCCUACCCACUCUGCCCAGGCUCUAGGGGGGCCAUUCUUAGAGCCCAAGGGCCAUGGGGAGGGGGUUUCUGCUUGGCCAUCCUGCUUCCCCUAGUGGCCUGUAGACUGUGUUAGGCUCAGUUCAUUUGACAACAGGAUGUUUUUCCUUCAAACCAUGAGGUCACAUUAGUGACAAAAGCCAGCAGGAGCUGAGCCUACUCUGCAUUGGGCAGUGGCUCGCAGGUGUAGCAUGCAAAAUGUCACAUUACCUUUGUGGUAACCUGCAGCUUCAGGGGUGGGGGCCCCAGCCUAGAGGGGUCAGGACCCUCUGCUUCCAGGAGGAGAAUAGAAGAGGGAGAGGAAGAGGAGGAGGAAGAGGAAGAGAAGGAGGAAGAAGAGGAAAAGGAGGAGAUGAAAACAGCCAGCUCUUGAAGCUCCCUUCCCUGCCCAGUGAGACCUCCACUCAGGAAGGAGGAAGUCAGAGAGAGCUGGCCCUUGGCCCAAUUGCAUCUCAACAGCUCCUCCUCCCCAUGUCAGCUGAGUGUUUGUUUUCUGCUUCCUUGGUGUUCUGGCCCUUGGGGCUUCACUGACUUGAGGGAGUGACACACACAUAGCCAACUCCUAGAGUUGUAAGCCACUUCUUCCUGCCUCUGCACCCCUUUGUCAGGACACUGGGCACCAUAGUCCUACCCUCAUCUUCCUGAGCAGGAACCAGGUACCAGAGACAGCCCCCAGGACUCACAGCCCAGAAACGAUCAAGCUGGCCUAUCCCAAAUUCACUUAACCUCCUACCCUCCCUUCCUGUGAAAGCCACAAUUCCUUCCCUACCCCCUGCCUCCCUACCUCUGACUUCUGAUUAAUCCCCUUGCUUUCCCAUGUUGCUCUUCGCAUGUUGGUGUUUGGGGUGAGAGUCCAGGUGUUGGGUCAACCCCAGUUCCAGUGGACCAAGAACAGCUUGAAGGCAUUCAGGCCUGUGUGCUCUGAGAGAUGGAAAGGGGGCCCAGGGGUUAUGUCACACCCAGGCAAACAGGGUGGGGGGUGUUCUGGGGACAAGAGAUGGGGGUGAUCCAUCAGGAGGGUGGCAGGCCUGGGCCACCUGAGGACUGGGCCUUACAAACUUGGCCUUUGAAAGUCAAGUGCAGUGGCACUGAGACCCAGGAGGGGUGGCUCAGCCCAGAACUCCAGACCACGCAGGAUGAGCAUUACCACACGGCACUGGCCAAUAAUUUGGGUUAAAGAAAUGGUUUCCAAACCCAAUUUGUUUUUAGAAAUAUUAGAGCAAACAGCACCUUUUUGGAUGUGAUUCCUGAUGUGUUGAGCCCAAGUGUUCUGUGUAUUCCCAGUCAGGAAUCACAAGACAAAAUCCCCAAAGGAGCCAAGGCAUUUCAAGUUACGUUAUUCUGCAGAAGAAAAUUUGGAAAAGCAUCCAUCGAGGGCUGGGACCCCUGGUCUGUGCAGGCAGACAGAAUAGUUAGGGGGCUGCUCUGGAAGGUGUGGGGCCACCUCUACAGAAUGCCCCUGGAAGUCCUGGCUCAUUGUGGAACAAGUCCCAAGCCAGCACCUACUGUAGCUGGACACUGAGCUUCCCUAAAUGGCCCAUCCAAUGUGAGGAGCAAAGGAACCCGAAGCACAGAGAGGUUAGGGUAUUUUCUCAAGGCCACACAGCCAAAAAGUGUCAGGUCAGGAGCAGCUUCAAGGUCGGCCCCUCUUGUUCCUGGCUCAUGAGUGCCUCUUUAGCCCCCGUAGGAUGCUGGGAGCUGCCUCACAUCAGUGGAGCAGCUAGAAAUGUAGUGCAGGCCCUGCUAGACCCAGAGUCCCCAGACAGCUCCCUCUCCCACUCAACCCAGGUGCGGUGAGUUCAGGGGCUGCACAGGUGUGGAGUCAGCUUCGCAUGACUGCGACCAUCUUGAGCUGCAAUCAUCGUGUCUCUCCUGAGUGAUUCUAGUCAGGUUUCCUGCAUCUUUUCCCAGCACAUAUCCCAAAGGUUGAUACACAGAGCUUUGCAACUAGACCUUUUGCAGGGAUGUGCCCAGUUCUUCAAUAUUAUCUUAGGAUAGGGUACAUUCCAGCAAGAAUGAAAUCACUUUUGUCCUGACCAAUAAAUAUGCCCCUCUCCCUGACCCAAGUUGCAGGCAUCCAACCGGUCUUGCAGCUACAUAAGGAUCAUGCUUCUGUCAGUAAGACCCCAAUAAAUUUCACU